AUGCCGGAGCUGCCGAAAUUCAAUAAAAAAGAAACUUUCUUGGGGGUGCCAUCUAGCGGCGGGCUCGUGAAGCUCUCCCCGGCCGCCGCUCGUGGGGUAGCGCGCCACCCCUGUUGUAUCCCUUUUUUCUUCCCUCCACACCCUUAUCUAUACCUGAGCUUUCUUUAUCCGUCUGAACCUUUCUCUUCCAUCCAUCCCUCUCGCACUCAUCCAGCCACUCAUUGGAUUAUGACAGUGUAUGCUCCAUCUCUGUCUUCGGCAAAGAAAAAAUCUGCUUAUAAAAAUGAGCGUGUUUGGGGUAGGGCUCCAUUGGACGUAUUGUGGGGUAAUGUUUCAUAUGGAGGGGUGUUUUUUGUACACGCGUACGGGAUUGAAAAAAAAAAUUGCACCCCAACAGAAGCCGAAGUUUCUUUUAGGUACCUACAGAUAUAUUCGUUUCAUUUCCAAUUUCGAUAA